UAUCUUCAUAGCUUAUUUUAUUCUCCUCCUCGCCAUUGAAAUACAGUUCCCGCUUGUCAAUACAAAUUCAAAAAAUUUCAUUCUCAAAUCUGAUACACUCCAUUUUAUUACGUUCUACUGCUCUCCUACUCCACUUGAUAGAUCUUUCUAGAGAAAACUUACUGAUUGUUCUUGUCGCAGAAACACAAAUGGAAUCUGAUCUAUCCCUCGUUGAGAUGUCAGGGGAAGACGAUUCAUUGCUAUCUAUGGCAAACGACGAUGUUUCUUUCUCUAACGGCAACUCCUAUUUCUCCUGCUCUCCUCUUCUUCGAAUCCCCAGAUCUACCCGCUCUCCUCGUCUUCCUUCUCCACUCGAACCAAGCUCUUCAUCGUGUGAAGAUAGUACAUAUAAUAAUAAUAAUGUGAACAAGGAAAAUGUCAGUUCUGAUAAAUCAGAAGUGCCUAAACUCAGUAUUGAGCCACAGAAAAUGAAGAGGAAAAAGAAGGGCGGAGGUUACAAUCUGCGUAAAAGCUUAGCAUGGGAUAGAGCUUUCUUUACUGAAGAAGGUGUUUUGGAUCCCUUAGAGUUGUCAAUGCUUAGUGGGAAUUUGGGCAAGUCUAAUGGGGAGACUUUGUCAGUUAUACAUGAAGGUAGAGAAUCAAUGUCUGGUGAAUUGGAUAGCGUCAGUGACUCGUCUGAUUUGCAAGCACUUGAGGAUAAUUUAUUCAAGGAGCUUCCUUCAAGUACUCUAAAUGAAGGUAGAAAGAUUGCUGGUACCUUGUCACCAAAGCUUGGUUCGUCAACUAGAGAUAAACGAGGCCCAGCUUUUUCUGCGACCAAAAGAAAGGUUCUUCAAGCUCAAGAUAUUAAUAGAAGUGCCGCUAAGCGCAGUGGUUGCCCACGACCAGUGGCUUCAUCUUCUCUGAAAAGACCUCCAAACAUAAACACAACAAAAGUGGCAACUAAAGACUCAAGAGUUUCUAAACUAUUGGCUACAAAGUCAGAUCCUUCAGCUCUUUCUUCAACUUCUAGAAGUUCCACAACUAGUGCAAGCCACUCAAAAAGCAAUUAUAAUUCUAAGCCAGUCAAUUCUCAGAAAAAUGUUGGAUUAAAAAGCACUUCAACCAAUACAAAGACUGCUCGAAAUAAUGCAAAAUCUGUUCCUGCUGGAAAACCAAAUGUAAAAUCUACUGCUCAGCAAGCAAGAAGAAAUGUGGUGAAGGUCAGCUCAGUGCCUGAAACACAUUCAUCAUCCAAUCUGCAACUUCCCCAGGUUAGGCAGGCAAAUAAUAGCUCAGAAGUAGUUCCAGCUGCUGCUCAUCCUUCGACUGCCAAUGAUAGCAAUACCAGCAAAAUUGCAGUUUCGUUCUCUCAAAAUGCUUCUAGUAAUGGUGGAAACAUGCAACAUAUACAACCUCAAACAACAAAGCCAACUGGCUUGCGAAUGCCAUCACCAUCACUAGGAUUCUUUGGUCAGUCAAAACCUUCUGGUUCGUAUAGCCUGUUGCAGAGAAGUAGUCAGUCCUGCAAUCUUCCCGAGUCUAAUAUUCCUAAUUUUAGCAAAGCUAGUGCCUUAAAUCCUAUUCAUCAAAGGCCCUCACGACCGUCUGGGAAUACAUCUGCAUGCCCAAGUAAAUCACACUCUGUAGCAUCUACUGUUGAUGCUGCAUCAUGUGGAAAGAUCAAAACCAACUUGGGGUUGAAUAAUAUGAAGGAGGUGGCAUUGCAGGAAAAACAUAACUCUGAGAGUAAUUAUAUUAUGAAUCAUCAGCAGCAGAUGCAAAACUAUCAUAAUGAUGUUGAUCCACAAUCUCUACGUCAAGCAGAACCAUGUAAAAUCAAAAGGAUCUCUUGCAUGGAUCAUAUUGCACAGCAGAGCAACAAUAAUGAGUUCUCCUUAGAGUGUGAUCCAUGUGAACAAUUAGAAAAAGAUUCUGACAGUAGCAUUGUUGAUGUUAGCAUCAGUAGUACAGAUUCUAGUGGUGCUUCCUUAGACUAUCUGCAGUCCAUGCCCCCUCUUUGCCUCCCAGUGGAAGAUGAAGAUCCUUGUAAGGCAAACAAUAAGAUUGUGAACCAACUUGUGGAAACACAGCACGAUGCAUCUACGGAGAAUCAAAAUGUCUGUACAGAGUCGCGGCAUAAAGAUGUGAAAAAUAACUGCGACAAGGCAGCUUCAAAAGUGCAUGAAGAUCAGCUAAGUGGCAUGCAUGAAGCCAAGCCUGAGACAUGCAAGCGGAGGAAGCCUGACACUUGUGAAGUUGAUUUAAUCUCUAAUGCACAGAGCCAGGGGAUGAGUAGUACUUUGUUUGAGGACAGAAUAUCUUUGGAAGAUCUUAAUAAAUACAAUAAGCCAAAUGCAGAUGCUGGACCGAAAGUUCUAGAGUGUGAUUCUACUUCAUGUUGUCUAUCAUACUGUACGGUUUUAAAGCCUAGAAAAGAUGGCAUUACUGGAAUUGAUUAUGAAAGUAGGGGAUUGCAUGCUGGAGAUGCACAAAUGUUGGUUGAAUGUAGCAAGAAUUUAAUGAGCACUUCAAAAGUGGAUGGUUCAAACUUCAUGACUAUUGAUGACCCAAGUGCAAAAUCUGCAGAACAAGCUGAGCUUCCAAAUUCCUGUCCAUUAAAAGAAAAAACUUCUCAGGAAAAUUACACACCACUUUUUAAUGGCUUCUUUUUGAAUGAAAAAUGCUAUGAAGAGUCCCAAGAGAAAGAUGUCCUUCAGAAUUUCAGUUCUGUUGAAUCAAUAGGAACUGAUGCUAGUGGAGGUGAAUUAGGAAGCUCUAACUUUCUUUGUUCAACAUUACCUGUUAAUGAAGACCCUGGUCUUGAUAAAGCUGGAGAAAGCAAGACUGGAGAGAUGGAGUGCCUACAUGUUGACAAUGAUUUAAUAGAUUCUGCAGAUGGUAACCCAGUUGCGGAAAAUGCUUUAAUAGCUUCUACAGAUAGUAAGUCAAUGGUCGAAAAUGCUUCAACAGCUAUUUAUGAGUCUAAUGCUUUGGCAUCGGAAGGGAUGGGCAAAAGCCAUAUGAUUGUUGCAGUCAUCGCUGGCAGUAUCACCGUGAAUGAUUGUUGUCCAAAUAUAGGAGAUCAUAGUGGGAGUGAACUUGAAAAUCCCCAUGUAACAUCCCAAAUUAGCUCUGUCAUGCAAGGUAAGGUUGCUUCUGGGAUGAAUGAUAUAAUUGAGCAUGAAGAUGCAAUGGACGAUAAUUCUGAUUCUUCAGCAACAAAUUUCACUGAGUUUUCUUGUUUAAAGACAGGGAAUGAUGCUUGUUACAGUGAAAGGGGCAUUUCCAUACAGCACAUGGAUUGCUCUAGUGAUAUGCAUGAGAUGAAAGAACAGCCUAUAGAACAAGCUAAGCUGAUAAAUUCCUUUUUUCGGGAAGCUGAACUGGUGAAUCAGAGUCGAGAUGUUUUUUAUGAGAGCAAAUCCUUUGAAAGUGGAUCUCAAGUUCCUCAAAGUACAGACCAAUGUGAAAUCAUGGAAAAUGAACUUGCUGGGGUUGAUAACAUGAUCAAGGAAACACUUGGGGAAGAUUCAGAAGUACAGUCCUUACAUCAUUGUCUGUUAACUGAUAGCUGCAACAGUAAUGUUAGUGUCUCAGGGGCAGAUAAAUAUUCCUUAGGGGUUGAUGAUAUCAGUAGACAGCCUAAAGAACAUCCCGAGCUUCAAAAUCUUGAUCAAGAAGUUGGUCCUGAAAAUCAUGGGUUGUGUUCAGAUGAUAAUUUGUUGCUGAUGAAUGCUUCUAUUGAAUCUCUGGAGAAAGAAAUUCUUGAGAAUGUUUCAGGCGCCAGUUUAGAACAAGGCAAUGAUUUACCCAGUGAAUGCACUCUAUUACUACCUCAAAUGUGUAAUGUUGGUUAUAAUGUGGAUAAAAAUGCUGAGCACCCAUCAAUGGAGCCAUCAGAUGAAAAUAUUGAAUGCAGUAUGGAUUGUGAGAUCAGAAAUGAUUACGAUCUUGACAAUCAAGCUCGACCUUUUAAUUCUGGUUCAUCCUCCGAGACAAAUGGAGAUAAGAUGCCAUUGACUGCAAAUACUUUUAACUCUAAGCCUUUCUGCGUUUUGAAUGAAAAAGCAAAUGAGACAUUAAAUCGGAGUAUCCAGCAGGCCAUAGAAGUCAAUUUGUUAGAGAAUGAUAUUUUUCCAGCGGAAUCUGAGGUUAACAUUCACCAAAGCAAUGGUGGUAAUAACAGUGAACUUCAAGAUGGGUUAGCCAGUGCUGUGUCCUCUGAAGUAGUUGAGGAUGCAACUGUCUCACACAAGGAAUCUGUGGAUGAGGACAAGCAAGAUGCACUUGUAGCAAGGCCUCCACCAAACGCUGUUCCUUUUUCAGAUGAAUGGUUAGCAGCUUUUGAAGCUGCUGGAGAGGAGAUUCUAGCCAAGAAAAGUGGCGCUGUACAAAAUUCACCACCGGACAAGUCUCUACCUGAACCUGGUCCUUGGUCCCCGGUAAGGCGGAAAAACAACCAAGGGAUAGGACCGUACGACUGUACAAAAUAUACCAACACCAACAUCCCAUCUUCCGCUUCCGACUGAAGAGACUAGGUUCGAGGUAAAGGAGCAAAGGGUUAUUUGACACUUGAAACAUUCAAUAUUUGCCAACAAGAAUAGCCCUCGUUCCUGUGGCAGUUGAGAAUACAUUUCAGCUAAUCAUUCUUUUCUCAUUGACAACCUGAUUGACCGAAAUUUAAACACUUAACAAAAAAAAAAAAAAAAAAAAAAAAAAAAAAAAAAA